CCCCGCCCUACAGAGUGACCAGUCGACGCGUUGGGAGCUUCUUCUACUCUUCUUUGAUUGACCGGGACCAACUUUGCUAGUUGCCUUUAUCGGGGAUUUUUUUAGUUUUGUAUUUUGUCUUUUCUUUUAGUUUCCACACCUCCCCCCGAUCUACCCUCUGCGUUCUUUUUCUUUAGGACUAACACCGUUUCCAGCCCGAUCCAAGUCGAGCCAACACACAACAAGCCAUGAACCUACCUCCUUCCCUCACACUCUUCCUUGGACUCAUAUCCUGGUGCCCCUGUGCACUGUUGGCUUCUAAAGUGAUCGUGGUUCCUCCAAUCAUGUUUGAGUCCCACCUGUACAUCUUCAAGACACUGGCCACGGCGCUGCAUCAGGACGGACACGAGACCCACUUCCUGGUCUCGGAGGGCCGGGACGUGCCCCCCUCGCCCCACUACAACUUCCAGCGCUACCCCGGCAUCUUCAACAGCAGCACGGCCGACAACUUCCUGCAGUCCAAGGUGCGCAACAUUUUCUCGGGCCGCCUGACCUUCCUGGAGCUCUUCGACAUCCUGGACCACUACUCGCAGAACUGCGACGCGGUGGUCGGCAGCGCCGAGGUCAUGGCCCGGCUGAAGGCCGAGCAGUUCGACCUGCUGCUGGUGGACCCCAACGAGAUGUGCGGCUUCGUGAUCGCCCACAUCCUCGGCGUGAAGUACGCCGUGGUCAGCACGGGCCUCUGGUACCCGGCCGAGGUGGGCGCGCCGGCGCCGCUCUCGUACGUGCCGGAGUUCAACACCCUGCUGACGGACCGCAUGUCCCUGGGCCAGCGCGUCACCAACACGGCCGUCUACCUGGUGCAGCGCUUUGGCGUGCACUUCAUCGCCCUGCCCAAGUACGACCGCAUCAUGAGGCGGCACGGGGUGACGCCCCGCGUGGCCAUGGCCGACCUGGUGCAGGGCAGCCAGAUGUGGAUGCUGUGCACGGACCUGGCCCUGGAGUUCCCCCGGCCCACCAUGCCCCACGUGGUCUACAUCGGGGGCAUCCUCACCCAGCCCGCCAAGCCACUGCCGCAGGAGUUUGAGGCCUGGGUGAACGACACCGCGGACCACGGCUUUGUCGUCGUGUCGUUCGGCGCCGGGGUCAAGUACCUCUCCGAUGACAUCACCCGCAAGCUGGCCGGCGCUCUGGCCCUCCUGCCCCAACGUGUGGUGUGGAGAUUCUCUGGAGUCCCACCCAGUAACCUAGGCAACAAUACCAAGCUUGUUGAUUGGAUGCCUCAGAAUGACCUACUGGGCCACGCCAACACGCGGGCCUUCCUGAGCCACGGCGGCCUGAACAGCAUCUACGAGGCCAUGUACCACGGCGUGCCGGUGGUGGGCGUGCCCCUGUUUGGCGACCACUACGACACCAUGACGCGCGUGGCGGCCAAGGGCAUGGGCCUCAUGCUGCACUGGAAGAGCAUGACGGAGGAGGAGCUGCGCGCCGCGCUCCACAGUGUCAUCAGCGACAGCAGGUACCGGCAGCAGGCCCGCCUCCUCUCGGCCAUCCACAAAGACCAGCCAGGCCACCCGGUGUCCCGGGCCGCCUACUGGAUCGGCUACCUGCUCCGGCACGGCGGCGCCGACCACCUGCGCUCGUCCGUCCACCACGUGUCCACGCUGCAGUACUUCCUGCUGGACGUCAUCGCCGUCGUGGCGACCGUGGCCGCCCUGCUCGUCUUCGCCCUCUACCGGGCGGUGCGGUGGCUGAAGGGGUCGAAGGGCGCGGUGGCGGCGGCGGCGGCGAGCACCAGCAGCGGUAGCAGCAGCGGAAGGGGAGGAGUCAGGGAUGAGGAUGCGCUCACCAAUGGACACUGCCACAGUGAGGCGGUGGUGGCCAACGGGAAGCACAAACGCAACGGCGCACUGCGAAGCGAGAAGAAGAUAAACUAGAGGGUGGAGGCACGGGGAGGGGGGGGGGGGGUUCGUUGGGUGGCAUCGUGGUAGGGUUGCGAACUGGCGUGAAGUGUGGGGCUUUGGCGAAGCUGAUCUCAGAUCUGUUUCCGCGUGAGAGAAAAGAAAAGGCUUGCCAGAGUAGGAGCAAGUGUAAUGCAUUGGUCAACCAGUGUAGUGCAAUUAUGCAACCAGUGUGUGUAUGUGUACGUGUGUGUGUGUGUGUGUGUGUGUGUGUGUGUGUGUGUGUGUGGGUGUGUGUGUGUGUGUGUGUGUGUGUGUGUGUGUGUGUGUGUGUGUGUGUGUGUGUGUGUGUGUGUGUGUGUGUGUGUGUGUGUGUGUGUGAGAGUGUGAGUGUGAUGAUGGGUGUGUCUGCGUGUGUGUGAGGAUGGGUUUCAAGAGUGUGUAUGUGUGUGCACACGUGAUUGCCUAGGCAAAUCUUAACAAAAUGCGAGGAACACUUAACAGCUGCUACACGAUGCAAAUGCCAGUAUCAACCGGGGAAAAAAUACAACACGCAUUUAGAAACAAACAGGAAAAGAAAGAAUGGAGGCUCUACUUAUUUCUCUUCCCUCAAUUCUGUUAUGUCUUUCGUUCGCUUUUCAAAACGAGCCAAAGACCACCAUUGACCUAGAACACACUGGAGACAAAAAGCUUUUAAUAAAAAAAUUAAGUGAUAUUGCAAUUAAAGAUUUGAAUUAAGCAGGAAACGUUUUAACCAAAGCAUUACUUGCAGAGGCGUUUGUAAAUAGGGGGAGAAAAACAUCUAUUUAUUACUGUACAAACACACUGUAAUGAACAGACCUUUUUAACCUUUCUUAUUUAUUAUUUUUUUUAAUUUAAGUCGUUUAUCAGUAAUACGAUUGUAUAAUGGUUCAUAUACACUCCUUCUUAUAAACUUAAACCCUGUACAAUUUACGUUUUUACCUAACAACAACUGCGUCAAUUUGUAUGUUUUCUUUUUUUAACAAGGUAAACAACCUUUGAAGAAAGUUGAUUUCACCUUUUUUGGUUUAGGUAGGUUGGUUGAAUUUCUACUGGGUGUGGCGGUGCCUGAUCAUAACCACCAUCCCCUCCUAAAAUGACCGCAGAGAAGGGCACUCUGUCAGCCAAUUAGUCUAAUUAGGCAAUUAAGGAAUCACCAGUAUGAGAGUGCAUGCAUUCAAGACCAGUAACGAUCACCUGGUGAAUCCUCAGACAAUACCUUACCCCGGUAUUCAUGGUUGAUCUGAUGAUGUCUGAUCACAAAUUGUUCAAAUCAUGAAUUCAUUUAUUAUUCUUUGUUUUAUUGCCAUUUUUGUUGUUGUAGACCAUAAUCUGUAGUAGAAACUCCUUGACGUUCAUUCCCCAGCGCCAGCUAAAUCCGUGUUGAUUUAGCAGUGUUGUUUCAAAUGUUAGUCGGUGCAUUAGCUAUAACAAUUUUAUGUGUGAAUGAUGAAUUCUACAUGUCGCCUUUUUGAAUGCAAAAAUGUGUGUAUGCAAAGUGCUUGAUAGUCUGUGUCUGUGUUUGCUUGGUUUUAUUGUUUUUACGUGUGUGUGUGUGUGGUUGUGUGUUCGUGUUGAUGAUGAUGAUACAACCUUAGUCUGCACGUAUGGAAGCAUAAGGCUUGUACUUCUUAGCUCUUUAUGUAUCAAACUCUUAUGGAUUCAUUCACAACCAUCCUUCUGACCUUAAACAAGUUCUGCUCUCAGUGGGUCUCCCCUUUCCUAUGUUUGGCACCAUUUCCGAACUACUUCAUGUGAAGUAUUCAAAAGUCAAACGGGUGCGUUCCAACAAGGCCUGUGCCUUGAUUCAAGUCCCUCUUUGUUCCCCCACGCUCCCUUUUAUUUUAAACAGGCACGUGUAAGUUGAACAAUGCAAAUCAAAGGAUAGUCUUAAGCUGUAGGCAAAUUCUACGGGCAGCGAGAGCAAAGCAGGACGCGGAACAAACAAGGAUCUCUCGAUGUCGCAUGUGAGAGAGGAAGGAGGAGGAGUAGGAGGAAGAGGGCCUUCCCCUGUUCUCUGCGAGCGAGUUCUGAGCCCCAGGGCGUCUACCCAGCAUAUUUUCCGGCCUACGAACCGAGAGACCUUGUAUACUUGAAUCGCCAUCAUCACUUUCAGCUCCACCAUCGACAAACACUUACAAGUUCUGAGGGGAAAUUGAAGCCCGCGGCUGCUGGAGACACAUAAAGCUAUGACCAGAGAACGGAAAGCAUUGGAGUAUGAGACGAGAGAGAAAAGUUUUCAAUAAUUUUUGUCUUUUGUUGUUUCAGUAUUUCUGUUAAUGCUUGGUAGACAACCCCCUCCCCCUCCCUUAUACAUUUUUUAACUGAGGCUUCAUCUUUCUCUGCAAUUCCAUUACUUCAUCCUCCUCGAAACACGGUAAUGUGUUACAUGACAAGUGUGACCUUGAUCAUCAGAUGUGGAGAUUGGCCUGCCUCCGUGCAAGGUUAAAACCCUUCUUUUCAUCUGUCUGAAGUUCUGUUUGGAGAGCAGGCUACAGUUUCCCUUGCCUACAAGUCCUUCUUACCUCAAGUUAGUUUUUAGUUUUAUUUUUUUAUUAAACUUCGCCCUUAGGUUGACUUUCAAAGUGCUCACAUUUCCUGUGACGUGUGCAUCUUGUAAAUAUAAUGUAAACAAACAAAGUACUAAUGCUUAAUAAACAUUACAGAUUUUGUUUGCAAGACAA